AGCACGCGUGUGACGGACAGUCUUCCAACACAGAGACAGACGAAGCAUAACUAAGGGUCUUCAUAUCCUGUGGCAAUGGCUAUGGUAGUGGCGCAGCCUGUGGCAGUGGCGCAGCCUGUGGCAAUGGCGCAGACUGUGGCAGUGGCGCAGCCUGUGGCAGUGGCACAACCGCAGGUCAUGCUACAGCAAUCUCAGACAGUGGCACAUCUUCAGGUGAACCCCAGAAAGUGGGACUCUGGCAUAUUAAGCUGUGCCGAAGAUAUGCCAAGCUGCUGCUUUGGAAUGCUGUGCCUGCCUCUCCUGCAGAUGGAGGUCGCACAGGCCAUGGGAGAGAGCUGUUUGGUGACCCUGCUUUGUGGGACCUCUGUGGCUAUGAGGACUGGAUUCAGAGAGAGACACAAGAUCGAGGGAUCCAUUGCCGAUGACUGGUUUAAUAUGUGUUUGUUCCACCCUUGUGCCUGGUGUCAGAUGGCUCGGGAGGCCAAAAAGCGUAAGACGACAGUAGUUGGUCUUGCUGGCCCAACCAUGUUUGUCGGACGCUAGAGCCCAGGAUCGGAGCAGGAGGAGGGGGCUGGGAGCCCUGCAGGAACCCCCUCAGCUUACAGCACAAGCAGAUGCAGCAGCAGCUUUCUCAUCGAGUUUAUAUGGAAGUGUCUAUAUUCACAGCACGACCUGGCAGCAAUAUAAAAAUAGCAAUGUUGUUUAUGGAAUAGCCUGUGAAAAAUGUGAUGAAAUCAAAUAUGUUGGAGAGACUGGAACUACUUUAUAUAAAAGAAUUCAGAACCACCUUUCAUUAAUUAGAAAUAAAAAAAUGAAUGAACCAAUAGUACAGCACUUCACCGGUCAGGGACAUGACAUAAAUGAUGUAAAGUUUGUAGUAUUAGAACAGCUCAAAUUAGACAAUGCGACAUACAGAAGAAUAAAAGAAAGUAAAUGGAUAAAUAGACUGAACACGAUUAUGCCAGCGGGACUCAACAGAAAAGAAUGAAUUAAUUAACUUCAAUAAAUAUAUAACAUUUAAAUAAAUAAACAAAAUUCAUUCAAAAGUUGUGCAUGCUGAUGCGCUGGGGAGGCCAAAUCUAGACUGAUCCUCAGAGCCAGCAUCGCAUGAUAUAAUAAAAAUAUAAGUUUAUAUAAAGUAGUGUUAAUUAGAAUUAAUACAGAUUCAAAGAUAGAAGUACAAAUGAUGUCACAAUAUAUAGAACACCAUUACAUCAUGUAAGAAUAAAUCAUGAAUUUGAAUGUAAACAAUAACAAGUAGUUGUCAUGCUGUCAAAAACCUAUAAAUACCUCCAAUGUUUGGAUUCAAACACAGGCUCCCUUGAGAAAGAUAUGUACAACAUAUCGAAACGUUGGGCAGCUGGCUCUUUGAGCUAAUAUAUAUAUAUAUAUAUAUAUAUAUAUAUAUAUAUAUAUAUAUAUAUAUAUAUAUAUAUAUAUAUAUGCAUUUCUAAGUGAUUCUAAAUAAUUGAUCACCAAAUAGGGUUGUAUUGUGGAAUUGCUUUUCACUUGAGCAUUCUCUUGUAGCGUUUGGUGCACCGAAUCUGUGCCCAGGAUUAUAUGCAGUGGGAAUUUGACAGGCUGGUUUCACAGAUUUCACAUCACGGAUAUACCAGCGCUGUCCGAGGUGCUGAAAAUAAAUUGACACACAAGCUGUGUAAGUUUCUUAAUUGACCCGUACAUUUUAAUGCUUACAAAUUUGCUUCUGAUUGCACCUAUAUAUGUAUUUAUAUAUAGUUUAUAUAUAGUUAGUUUGUUACCCUAAUUCCAGGUAAUUGUUAUACAUAAGGUGCACAUUUAACCUUUAUAUAAUAAGGAGCUGUUUAUGUAUUUCUGUAAUAAAUAAACAACACAUUUUUGAAAACGGUAUAUUUUAAUAAAAUGU